GGCUACAUCACUGCGAGGUGGGAUCUGGUUACUCGACUUUAUGACCUUGCUAUCUUUGCUUGGGACCACGGAGUCGUCGCGCGUACAGCAAAAGGCUUUGCAAUCCUCUCUCUAUUCUUCUUCCUGUUCAUCAUACCAAUCGAAAGACUCGCGUCAAGGGAGACCGACCUGCAUCCAAGGUCUGCGAGUGCAGGAAUAUCCGCUCGGGAACAAUUACGACGAAGAGGCUCCUUCUAG